AUGAAGAAACAACAACAGCAGCAGCAGCAGCAGCGGGUCCCUAAUGACGUUCAUGCUCAGGCAUGGCGUCAACCCACGCCGUCGAUGCCGGCGCUGCCCCAGCACCAUCUUCCUCCGCAUCAGCAGCAGCAGUUGCAGCCGCAACAACAACAGCAGAGCGCGUUUGCUAACCAAUCCGCCUGGUAUCCCAGCCCGAACCACUAUGCCCAGCAGCCCGAGUUGACUCGUCGCGACCAGCCGCCCAUGGACUUUCGCGCCUACGCCCAAAGCCAGCAGCAGCCGCCGCAGCAGCAACAUGCCCAACAUCAACAACAUCACCAGCAGCAUCAGCCCCAGCACCAGCAACACACGCAGCACCAACAGCACCAUCAGGCCGCCCCCGUCCAGCCUCCCAUGUCCCAUGCCCCUCAACCCCAAGUGACGCCGCAACAGCCAGCCCAGCAGCAGCAACAACAACAACAACCCACUCCAGUUCCUGCUCCCGCCCAGCCAAGGGGCCGUAAGCGCAACGCUCCCGGCGCGCAACCUUCCCCCCAUCCCCAACACGCUCCUCAGAUCGCCCACGCGCCGCCACACGCUCCUCAACACCAAGCGCAACACGCUCCUUCUCAACACCACGUGUCGCAAGCCGGCCAGCCUCAGCAUGCGCCCGUCCCCCAGCCCCCCCAACAACAGCAGGCUCAGCAGCAGCAGCAGCAGCCCCAGGUUCAGGCCCAUCAGGCUGCCCAAGCUGCUCCCCCCGCGCAGCAGACUCCGGUCCCUCCUCCGGCCGCUCAGCCCGUCCCCGUCCCUCAGGCCCAGGCUCCCGCUCCCGCUCCUGCUCAGGCUCAACCUGCUGCUCCCGCUCCUGCCCCCGCCUCCGAUGCGUCCGCCCCGCCACCGGCCAAGAAAAGUCGCACCAAUACUCCUUGGACCCCGGCGGAGGAGCAUCGCUUGAAGCAGAUGCGCGAUGCGGGUAACAGUUGGGCUGAGAUUGCCAAGACCUUCCCUACCCGCACUGAAGGCUCCGUCAAGAAGCAUUGGUACAAGGACAUGCAUUACGCCGAGUUUGCUGAGGAUGAGAGCGCCGCCCUCAUGAACGCCAUCAAGGAGUACGAGAACAACAAGUGGAAGGCUAUUGGUGCCAAGGUCGGCAAGCCGGCCAAGGCUUGCGAGCAGUAUGCCAAGGAGCAUUUCCCUGAACUCUUCGCGCCUCAGAAGGCUCGCUAG